AUGUCUGAGUGUCUUCUCUAUUGGUGUGCUGUCUGUGUAUCAGCCACCCCUGUACAAGUGGAGCAAUCAAUCUCAAACGAAGGAGUGAACUUGAUGGAAAAUGAAUGCAAAGACAAGGAACGACCAUCUAACAAAGAGAUAACUCUACCCACUGCCUAUGUCAAACUGUAUCGCAUUGGAGUGCUGGAUAGAAUUGCCAGAACCCUUCACCAAAAGCAGCGCUCUGAUGACGAUUAUGAUGAUGUUGAUGAUGAUUAUGAACCAUUAUCAGCUGAUAGUGGGAGUGAAUCGUCUGCAGAAGAGGAGGAAGAAGGCAUCAAUGAAGAAAUGGUAGGAGAGGGGAGGGUCAACUGCAAAACUACUUCUAAAAAGCUUCAUCAAUGUAAAUUCUGCGCAAAAAGCUUCUCUCAGACUUAUUUGAAUGUUCACAUGCGUACACACACCAAAGAGAAGCCUUAUCAGUGUACAGUCUGUACAAAAAG